AUCGCACAAACUGUCGAACCAAUCCACGGCUCUGACUGUUUAAAAUCGGAGUGACAAGGGAAAGAAGAAACAUAAAGAAAAAUGGCGUCGGCAGGCAAAGGCACAAAACGAAAAGGAGGGGAUAUCGAUAAUACCAAAAGUGAAGAUGCAAGGCUGAAACGAUCCAGGACCAAUACUACAACAACGACUAGCGCCACAAAAAAGCGACGGGGACAACUAGAAGAAAUACCAGCCUCGUCCCAUUAUCAGGUUUCUUUUAUGCACAAAGCAACUGUGACUCACGUGGUGUCAUCUGCUAGAUAUGGAUUCGUAAUAACUGCCUGUGAUGAAGGUAUUGUAAAAUUUUGGAAACGAUCAUCAACCGUUUUGGAUUCUCACGGAAGAGAGGCAAACGCCAAAAAAAACUCAUAUAGAAAGUCUAAGGACGACCUACAUUCUGCAACUCCUUGUUUAGAGUUUGUGAAAUCCUUCACUGCGCAUAUUGGACCACUUGCUGCCUUGUGUAUAGAUGAAAGCGACGACACCAUUGCAUCCAUCGGUAGAAACGACGGGAUGAUUAAAUUCUACGAUGUUUCUACUUUUGACGCCAAAUCGAUGAUCAAAGCAAAAUCAGACUCUUCCUCGUUUGGAAGAGCGGCUACAUUCAUGGAGGAUGAAUCGAAAGAACUUUUGUUGGCUAUUAGUCACGCUGCCGACGGUAACAUUUCCAUAUACUCCGUGGCAAAUCUUCAGCUGAUACAGACUCUUUCGUUGCAUUCCAAACCAGUUACAGCCUUAGCCUACAACAGGCAACACAAGUGCUGCAUUUCCGGUGAUAUGAUGGGCAUUAUUGAAAUUUGGGAUUCAACACGCGGAACCACUGGUGACCAAAUCGCUGGGGGUCCAUGUUCAAUGCAGACAAACAAAUUGGAGUAUCCUUCGAAAAUUGACACGGACCUCUACAAGUUAGCGAAGAAGAAGACGUAUCCUCGGUGCAUUGUCGUGUCAAAAAACUACUUUGUUGUCUACGGAGCUGAUCAUAAGGUACGCAUCUUCAAUCUCUCCACUGCCAAAAUCGAAGUCAAGUACGACGAACGUCUGAGUGUAUACGCAUCCAAAAACUUUGCCAAUUACGGAAUGGACUCUAUCGAAUUCGGGAAGCGCGCAGCUACGGAGAGAGAAAUAGAAGAUCAGGACAAACGACCCGCGUUAUUACCCUCGAAAAUGGUAGGAAUGGAUCCCUCUGAGCAGUAUCUCUUAGUGUCAACCAUGAUUGGAAUCAAGAUAAUUGAUUGGAAGAAGAACAAAUUAGUGAAGGUGAUAGGGAAAUCUGACGCAAGUCAAUAUCGCUUCCUUUCAUUUUGCCUGUGUUUGGGAGGUGCAAAGAUGAAUCAACAGAUGCAAUUGGCCCGCGGCACUGGGAACGCGACUGCCGUUGGAGAGAAGGAAGCUGAAGUAAAUAACUCUAUCGUUGUGGCACUUGCGUAUCAACAACGUCGAUUUUAUGUUUUCUCUCAUGUAGAUCCAAUGCUAGAACAACAAGAUGGAAGCGCCGAUAGUGCCAACAAUCGGGACAUAUGGAACGAAGCUCCAACAGCAGAAGAUCAACUACUUGUUUCCGAGACUGGGCGAGGAGGAGGGGGUGUACAAAGCAAAAUCGUAUCAAAAGCCAUUUUACGAACGACAAAAGGAGACAUUCACAUCAAAUUAUUCCAAGAAGUUUCAAAAACGCUCGAAAACUUUACAGAACAUGCACGAUCUGGUUAUUACGACGGAGUCUUGUUCCAUCGAGUAAUUUCAAGCUUCAUGUUGCAAACCGGUGAUCCUCUCGGGGAUGGAACUGGCGGUGAAAGUAUAUGGGGAGGAGAAUUUGAGGAUGAAUUUGUUCGGGAGUAAGUAAAAAUAUUUUGAAUUAUCUCGAUUUAAAUUUAGGGUGACAAUAUUUCUCAGCGACGUUUCCUUUCUCGAUGUUUUGUUUUUGCUGGCAGUCUUCGUCACGAUCGACCUUUCACUGUUUCGAUGGCCAAUGCAGGUGAGUACCCACAUUUAAUAUAUAUUAUCAGAAAUAACAUUAGCUUCCUCUCUGGAUCAUUUUUACUCUUCUAUUCCCUUACCGUAAAUGCACCGGUAUUUUGUGUUUUUGUGUAUUGCAGGUCCAAAUACCAACGGCUCUCAGUUUUUCAUCACAACGGUUGCAACACCAUGGCUUGACAACAAACAUACUGUUUUUGGUCGAGUAACAAAAGGGAUGGAUGUCUGCAAGUUGAUCGAAAAUGUGCACACUGACAAAAACGACAAACCAAUCGAUGAUAUUCGAAUUUUAAGUGUUGAUUUAGAAUAGUUUAUAUCAACCAACUCCAAAUGUCAUGUCCACCUAUUAUUUUUUCGCUUCGUUUUCACCGCUACGACCAUGUAGCGCUGACUUCAUUGUAAUCACUCCUAGCUUUUCCUUCGACAUUACUUGUCAAGGGAUAGUAGACGACUGCUCCCUCUGCUUCGUGAUUUCAUUGUGGCAGUAAGCAAUCAUCCUCUCUCUGAAGAAGUUUCAGACCCAUAUAAAUCCCUUGCAUACCU